UCGCGCGCACUCUCUCCCCCUCCCCGGUCCAAAUAUCCAUCCCUACAUAGAAGCCACGCAUCACGCGCCCCGUUUCCCCAUUAUAGCAGAGCACUGAACAGGUCGCAGCACCCCCUCCCGAAUUCCCUCGCUCACUCACUCCACGCCCGCGCGUCCCUUGGCUGGCCUCGCACGUCGCCCUCCUCCCCUGCAGCAGCGCUCCUCGCGGGCGGCGGCAAUGGGGAACCCGCCGGAGCUGUACUACCAGCUGCUCAACAUCACCAGGGACACGCCCCCGCAGGAGAUCAGGGCGGCAUACCGGUGCCUGGUGCGCCAGUGGCACCCCGACAAGCACCCGCCGUCCUCCAAGUCCGAGGCCGAGGACCGGUUCAAGGCCAUCACCCAGGCGUACGAGGCUCUCCUGGACCAGCAGGAGAACAGGGCCGUGCUCCGGGCGCGCAACGCCGACGAGGGCAGGAGGAGCUGCGCUAGGCCCGAGGAGCGCGUUGAAGGCAGCGCGGCGGCAAUGGCGCGGGCCCCCGAGAGGGCGGCGAGAAUGAGCGGCGCCCCGCCGCCCCGCACGCCCCCGGCGAGGGAGUCCCAGAAGGUGUACAGCUCCACGGACAUCGGCGGCGGCGGGCGGCGCGCGUUCGCCGAGUUCUCCAGCUACGUGGUGCGCAAGGCGCCGCCGCUGGAGCGCAAGGUGGAGUGCACCCUGGAGGAGCUCUGCGCCGGGUGCAAGAAGGAGGUCAAGUACACCCGCGACGUCGUCACCAAGAACGGGCUGAUCGCCAAGAAGGAGGUGACGCAGAUCAUCCGGGUGAAGCCCGGGUGGAAGAAGGGGACCAAGGUGACGUUCGAGGGCCUGGGCAACGAGCGCCCCGGCUGCCUCCCCGGCGACGCCGUCUUCACCGUGUCGGCCAGGAGGCACAAGGCGUUCAAGCGGCAGGGCGACGACCUGGUGCUCAAGGCGGAGGUGCCGCUGGUGAACGCGCUCACCGGCUGGUCAUUCUCGUUCCGCCUGCUCGGCGGCGAGAAGGUCAGCUGGUCGUUCCGCGACGAGGUCAUCCGCCCCGGGUACGAGAAGGUGGUGAGGGGGGAGGGCAUGCCCGUCGUCGGCGGCAAGAAGGGCGCGCGCGGGGACCUGCGGGUCAAGUUCGACGUGGUGUUCCCCAAGAACCUCACCGGCGAGCAGCGAAGGGGCCUCGUCGAGAUCCUGAGGGGCUGCGCCUGAAGCCCUGGACCGAGAGCGGAGCGGCCUGCCGGAGAGUGAAAUUUUUUGUCGCGGUCAUGUUUGUACACUGGGGGACGGAACAGAGCUGAUCGAUGAUGUCCUUGUACAUAGAGAUUUUGAAUAUGAGAUGUGAGCGACCCUCUUGUUUUCGCAGAUGGAAGGAUCGAUAAUACACACAUGGACGGUGGUUGCAACUUGCA